AUGUCUUCCAAAACUCUCAUCCUCGUCACCGGCGCAAACCAAGGUCUCGGCUACUACGCCGCUCAACAACUCGCCGCUACUGGCAAUCAUCACGUCCUCAUUGGUAGCCGCGACGUCAACAAGGCUAAGAAGGCCAUUGAGACUCUUGCAGCCGACGACUCUGUCAAGGUCUCUGCCUCUGACUUGACACCUCUGGAGAUCGACGUCAAUUCAGACUCUUCCAUCGCCGCAGCAGCCAAGCACGUGGAGCAAACCUAUGGCAAAUUGGACAUCCUCCUCAACAAUGCCGGAAUCGCACAACAGCAAGAAGCCGCCGCCGACAGUAGCGGUCCUUCAUUGAGAGAUAUUUACCGCUCACACUACGAGACCAAUGUCUUCGGCGCCGCAGUGGUGACCGACGCCUUUCUGCCUCUUCUCCGCAAGGGCUCUGCCAAACGUCUGGCAUUCACAUCUUCUGGUCUCGCAUCUCUAGAGCUGGCAGCCAAGCCCAACACCUUGUACUCAGCCAACAACUACCCCAUCUACCGCUCUACCAAGACUGCUCUGAACAUGAUUAUGCUGCACUAUGCAUUGAGUCUUGAGAGCGAAGGUUUCGUAGUUUCAGCAGCGGAUCCUGGAUAUUGCGCUACCAACUUGAAUGGUAACAGUGGAUUCAAGGAUCCCAGAGAUGGUGCCAAGGAGUUGGUGAAGAGUGUUGUGGGAGAGAAGAAGGAUGUCCACGCUGUUAUGGUAUCAGACGAUGGAGUUGUACCUUGGUAG